AUGGGAACUCAACUUGUACUAGAGGAUGAUGGACAUAGUGUCAAUUCAACCAUGUGGAAUGCUGGUCCUACCUUGGAAGGAGAAAGUCUUAUGCUAAGGAGGACAUUGUUGAAGGUACCCCAACACAAGGAGCCACCACAAAGGAAGUCACUCUUCAAGACCACUUUCCUAUCUCAUGGUAAAGUAUGUAAGGUAAUUGUAGAUUUAGGUUCUACUAAAAAUAUUGUUGCUUUGGAAAUGGUUGAGAAGUUGAAAUUGAAAAGAUUGCCACAUGGGAGUCCUUAUAGGGUGUCAUGGCUUAACAAGGGGCAACAUGUAGUGGUAGAUGAACAAGCUUGGGUAGAAUUCAAAAUGGGAGACUAUAAGGAUAGAGUCUUGUGUGAUAUCCUUCCUAUGGAUGUCUAUCACUUGUUGUUAGGCCACCCAUGGCAAUAUGAUGUUAAAGCCCAACAUGAUGGGGAGAAAAAUGUGUAUGUCAUCACCAAGAAUGGAAGACCAUUUAGGAUGGAACCAUUAGCUGAUCAAGGGGGAGAGAGAAUUGUUAGUCCAAGUGUCAUGAUGGUUAGUGGGAAAGAGUUUUUAGAUGCCCUCAAGCAAGAGGAAACCCAAGGUUAUGCUUUGGUCUUGAAUCCCAAGGAUAAGUCUCAACAAGAGAAAGGUGCAAAAAGUGAAGUUCCUAGUGAAGUUCAAACUAUGUUGGAUAGAUAUGAAGGGGUUGUGGCCAAAGAUAUGCUUGAUAACUUGCCUCCAAUCAGAGAUAUCAACCAUCAAAUUGGUUUUAUUCCUGGUGCAACCUUGCCUAACAAAGCUGCCUAUAAGAUGACUCCUAAACAGAAUGAGGAGAUAACAAGACAAGUGCAAGAUUUAUUGGACAAAGGGUUGAUCAGGAAAAGUUUGAGCCCAUGUGCUGUACCUACUGUAUUAGCACAUAAAAAGGAUGGAACAUGGAGGAUGUGCACUGAUUCUAGGGCAAUCAACAAGAUCACUAUCAGAUACCGGUUCCCUAUGCCUAAAAUUGAGGACCUAAUGGACUAUCUUGGAGGAGUGUAA